CCCGCCGCUCGUCCCGCUGCUGUCGUUAGACCUCCUCACUUGCUUGGCGGCGCUGUGCUUCACGAUGCGCGCGUUGGGCUCAAUGAGAGCGGCGGUCUGCGCGGCGACUGGGGGGCGAAUCCGCCACAACAACGAGGCGGAGCUGCCAGACAGCGCCGAGGUUCGCACGCUGCGGUAGUCGAGGGGGCAGCUUGGGGAGAAACUCUGGCGACCGGAGGGGGGGGGCAAAGAGAAAGAGCCGUUUAGCGCUUCCUUCACGUAGGCGGCACCGUCGGCGACGGGAUACUUGCAUCAUCAUAUUGAAGAAUUUCGCCCAAGCCGUUCGGUGAUGAGGGACGCUCGCCCUGCACUUCUUUCCCCCCUGUCUCGCUCCGGAGAGGAGUGAGUCACGGAGGCGGAGAACCCUCCAGCCCUCCGUCUCUCCCGCCAGCCUCGUCGGUCGGCCUGGCUCUCUCUGCGCUGGCGCUCCCGGCAGGGAGCCUGCUGUGUUGAGCGCCGCGCCGCGGUUCGGUCCCGGGCGGGUGCGGCGCUGCCGCUGUUCCUGAGCGCGCGGAGACCGGAGUGCGGCUCCACAGAGGACGCGGCGGCUGCGCGCGAGAGAGGCGCUGCGGUGCGGCACGAGGCGCAGGAACGGCGCUAAAACGGCGCUCGAGCGGCUUGUGGGACCACCGCUCCCCCCCCCUCCUGAGGCUCCUCCGUCGUAGCUGCCGUGAAUGCGGCGUCUUACAUCGGCCUUUUACCUCGUCAAAGCCGGGUCGUCGGAACACGAAGAGUCCCCUGGAGAGAGCGAAGCACUGGGCUUUUCCAGCGUGCAGGAGAACGUCUCGAUAACUGGAUUUACACACAGGGGAGAGCCGGCCGUCCCCCCCUUUGUUCGGCUGCUUGUGCCGUUUUAAAUUGUUAAUUUAAAAAAAAGAAUUGGUUUUAACGGAAAACAAACUACCUCAGACGCUUUUUGUGUGUAAUUCCGGCGCCUGGACGCUCGACGAAUGGAUUAAACCUGAGUGGAGGCCUGUGAAAGCAGUGUCUGGGGGCAAAGGGGCUUUUCUCAUCUGGUUUACCCCUUUCUUAUGGCCUCCUCCUCCACACUGGGCUUUUUUUCAGGCUCCCCUUGAGGCUUCUUGAUUUGAGGUCCGUAGAGAGCUUCCACCUCAUCCAUCCAUCCAUCCAUCCUCCUUCCUUCCUUCCAUCCAUCCCUCCCUCCUCCAUCCCACCUCCUUUGUGCCCGAUGAGGAGCACCUGACCGACCGAUCGCCCCCAGAGCCCCUCUGAGCCGCCGCAGCCGGAGAUGCUGAAGUGUAUCCCGCUGUGGCGCUGCAACCGCCACGUCGAGUCGCUGGACAAGCGGCACUGCUCGCUCCAGGUGGUGCCCGAUGAGAUAUAUCGCUACAACCGGAGCCUGGAGGAGCUCCUGCUGGAUGCCAACCAGCUCCGAGACCUUCCCAAGCCCUUUUUCCGCCUGCUGAAUUUACGCAAGCUGACCCUGAGUGACAAUGAGAUCCAGAGAUUGCCCCCCGAGGUGGCCAACUUCAUGCAACUUGUUGAGCUGGACAUCUCCCGCAAUGACAUUCCUGAGAUCCCUGAGAGCAUCAAGUUCUGCAAGGCACUGGAGAUUGCGGACUUCAGUGGAAACCCCCUCUCCAGGCUGCCUGAGGGUUUCACUCAGCUACGAGGAUUGGCCCACUUGGCUCUCAACGAUGUGUCUUUGCAGACGUUGCCUAAUGACAUUGGCAACUUGGCCAACCUGGUGACCCUGGAGCUGCGAGAGAACCUUCUGAAGACCCUUCCCACGUCACUGUCAUUCCUGGUUAAGCUGGAGCAGCUGGACCUGGGCAGCAAUGAACUGGAAGUACUGCCGGACACCCUAGGAGCUUUGCCCAACCUUCGAGAGUUGCUGCUUGACCGGAACCACCUAUCCGCAUUGCCUCCAGAGCUCGGCAACCUGCGACGGCUGGUGUGUCUGGACGUGUCCGAGAAUCGACUGGAGCAGUUGCCUCCAGAGCUUAGUGGCCUGCUAGCCCUCACUGACCUGCUGCUGAGCCAGAACCUACUGGAGCUCCUCCCAGACACACUAGGUUCUCUAAAGCAGCUGUCCAUUCUCAAAGUUGACCAGAAUCGCCUGACGCAUCUGACAGAUUCCAUUGGCGAGUGUGAGAAUCUGUCGGAGUUGGUGCUCACUGAGAACCUGCUGCAGACCCUGCCCCGCUCCAUGGGGAAGCUGAAGAAGCUGAACAAUCUAAAUGUGGACCGGAAUCGGCUGUACAGUGUUCCGGAGGAGCUGGGAGGCUGCACCAGCCUCAAUGUUCUUUCACUGCGAGACAACCGUUUGGCCCGACUGCCUGCUGAACUGGCUGGCGCCACUGAGCUGCAUGUGCUGGAUGUGGCAGGCAACAGGCUUCGGAACCUACCUUUUGCCCUGGCCAACCUGAACCUCAAAGCCAUGUGGCUGGCUGAGAACCAGUCACAGCCCAUGCUUAAGUUCCAGAUGGAGGAUGAUGAGCAGACUGGGGAGAAAGUGCUCACUUGCUACCUACUGCCACAGCAGCCCUCACCCAGUCUCGAGGACUUGCCUCCAAACUCGGUGGAUGACAGCUGGACAGACAGUAACCUGAACCGUGUGUCCACCAUCCAGUUCCAGGAGGAGCCUAAGGCUGAGGAGGAAGAUGAGGAGACGGCUGCUGAGCGCAAGGGUUUGCAGAGGAGGGCGACACCACAUCCCAGUGAGCUGAAAGUGAUGAAGAAGGUCAUAGAGGAAAGGAGGAAUGAACCAUACACAGCUCGGCCUGAAGAAGCAGAAUUGUCACCAAGCACUGAGGAGAAGCGUCUUAGUGGUCUGUCCAAUCAGAGCCAUGACUCCCAAGCCUCGAACAGCACAGCUUCCGCAGGCUCCCGUGAGGACGUUCCAGGUCAGACCACUGCAUGGGUGGGGACAGUUGAUGGACACAGCCAGGAGCAGGAAGGGGAGGCGCUAGAUGAAAUGGAGGUUGAAUAUAUUGAGCCCACAGUACACUUUGCAGAGGAGCCUAUUAUCCGCGGAGGCGAUGAUGAAGAGGAGGAGGGGUACGGUGAAGAGCAUGAGGAGGAGGCCGAACAGAGUGAUGAGGGCGAGCGGCCUCCCUUCCCCAUGGAGAGGCAGCGGCUCAUCCGCAAAGACACCCCACACUACAAGAAACAUUUCAAGAUCACUAAGCUACCCAAGCCUGAGGCGGUUGCUGCCUUACUGCAGGGCUUCAGCCCUGACAGCACACCCACCCGCCAGCAGCCCCCUGAGGAGGAGGAGGAGGAGGAGGCUGAGCAGCAGCAGGAAGAAGAGGAUCUUGCGUUACACCCCAGGAUAGAGGAGCUAGACAAUAGCAGGCUGACAGACAGGGUGAACUCAUCCCUGCAGCCUGUUAAGGGGGUGUCAUUUGAUCAAGUCAAUAAUCUGCUGAUUGAGCCUGCUCGAAUUGAGGAGGAAGAGCUUACAUUGACCAUCGUGCGCCAGACAGGGGGACUGGGAAUCAGCAUUGCAGGUGGCCGAGGCUCCACACCCUACAAGGGGGAUGAUGAGGGCAUCUUUAUCUCUAGGGUGUCUGAGGAGGGCCCUGCCGCCCGUGCAGGUGUCAAAGUGGGAGACAAACUGCUGGAGGUGAAUGGGGUGGACCUCCAUGAGGCAGAGCACCAGCAGGCGGUGGAAGCUCUGAGGAGUUCAGGGGCUUCUGUUACCAUGACAGUGCUGCGGGAGCGCAUGGUGGAACCAGAAAACGCUGUGACCACCACACCUCUGCGUCCCGAGCACGAUUACCUCCCCCGGGAGCGACGAAGUGGCAGUUCUCCUUUUUGCACGGAGCCUUGUUUCUCUCAAGGAACCCGCCAACGCCUUUCCACUUGCCUUGUCCGCAAUGACAAGGGCCUGGGCUUCAGCAUUGCUGGGGGCAAGGGCUCAACGCCGUACCGUGUGGGUGAUAUGGGCAUCUUCAUUUCCCGCAUCGCCGAGGGAGGAGCAGCUGAUCGUGAUAGCAUUCUGCAGGUUGGGGACAGAGUCAUUUCUAUCAAUGGUGUAGACAUGACAGAUGCCAGACAUGACCAGGCAGUAGCGCUACUUACGGGCACCUCCCCCACCAUCACCCUGCUGGUGGAGCGAGACCAGGGCGACACUCCUCGUGCCCGGCCACACUCUCCCCCACCCCCUCAGCCCAGUGAGUCCUUGGACCAGGAGGAAUCGCAAGCAAACCACCUAAACCGAGCUCUGGAGGAUGAGUACCCUGUGGAGGAAGUCACACUGGUGAAAACAGGUGGCCCUCUGGGACUGAGUAUUGUGGGAGGCAGUGAUCAUGCCAGCCAUCCAUUCGGAGUUACAGAGCCUGGAGUAUUUAUCUCCAAGGUUGUCCUACAGGGCUUGGCGUGUAACAGUGGCUUACGAGUGGGCGAUCGUAUCCUGGAGGUGAAUGGCAUUGACUUGCGUCACGCCACGCACCAAGAGGCGGUUCGUGCCCUGCUCUCAAGCAAACAUGAGAUCCGUAUGCUGGUACGCAGAGACCCUGCUCCACCAGGCAUGCAGGAAAUUGAGAUCCAGAAGUAUCCUGGCGAGAAGCUGGGAAUCAGCAUCCGUGGUGGAGCCAAAGGCCACGCUGGUAACCCUUUUGACCCCACUGAUGAAGGCGUCUUCAUCUCCAAGGUGAGCUCUGGCGGGGCAGCAGCCAGGGAUGGCCGACUACAGGUGGGCAUGCGCAUCCUGGAGGUCAACAACCAGAGUCUUCUUGGUAUGAGCCAUACAGAGGCUGUACGCGUCUUGCGUGCUGCUGGGGACUCGCUGAUCAUACUGGUGUGCGAUGGCUUUGAUCCACGAGAUGCUGCUGCUGUUGAGUCCUCACCUGGCAUCAUCGCCAACCCUUUCAUCGUCCGCAAGAACAGCAUGGAGAGCAUCUCUUCCAUCGACCGAGACAUGAGCCCCGAGGAGAUGGCCAUCAUGCAGAAGGAAGUGGAGAUGGUGCAAGACACUCCCCGCUGGGACAAGGAGGACAUAGAGGAUGUGGAACGAAUGCGCCUGGAGCGCGAGGAGGCCAAUCGGCUGCUGGAGAAGGAGGCUGAGACCUUUGGCACUGGGCCGCUGAAACUGGACUACAGGACGCUGGCUGCUCUGCCCACAACCAGCCUGCAAAAGGUGAUGCGGGGUCUGUCCUCCGAACCCCAGGGAGUCCAUAGUCCUAGUAGAGAUAUUGCAGGCUCCCCCAGCUCACCGGCAAGCCUUCAUUUUGUUUCUACUGCAUCUCCCAAAGAAAACAUACCAACCAGACCAGGUGUGAUCCAGCCUCUGUCUCGAAUGUGGUCGAACAGUACAGUCAACCAAGACACCAGGAACAGUCCAAAGGCCUUCCAUCAUGGAGGUGUGCCUGCCACCUCCCCGGCCUAUCAGCCUCAGGCUCCCUCUCCCCGCUCUCCUGAUGACUUUCCCAUCAACAUCAAGCAGGCAUACAAGGCCUUUGCGGCUGUGCCCCCUUCUCUGGCACUGCUGGAUCCGCCACAGGAGCCUGUCAGCCAAAGGAACAACAUCCAACCAAGGUCACCUGUGGUGGAGCCUGAGCUGGACAACGACGUGUUUGAGAGCGAGAUGAAGGCCAACUCUGGUGUAAGAGCAGGCGCAGCCCCUAUCUCCUCACGCAGGUCCUUCUCCUCAGACCGCCGGGACUACCUGAGCCUGGCAGCAGUGCCACGCCUGUCCCGGACCUCACUGGAGUUGCAGUCUCCAGCAUCCACCGGACGGGGAAGCCCAGAACAGCGUUCCUUUAGGGACCGCCAAAAAUACUUUGAGAUUGAUGUCAAGCAACAGACACCCAACACCAAGCCCAAGCCUCGUGUCUCUCUGGUUGGAGAGGAUGAUCUGAAGAAGAUGAAGGAAGAGGAAGCAAGGAGGAUUGAGCAGUGUGCCCAGGACUACCUGCUGGAUGAGGAUGAGGAAGAUGAGGAGGACCUCGCCAAGCAGAUGACUGAGAUCAAGGCCCAGGGCAAAGUGUUGCUGGACGGAGUGGAAUACAAGAUUGAGAGUGUUGCCAGCCAGACAUCUUCGUCCCCCAGGCCUUGCGUCACACCCCCCAGCUACCCAGCCACACCUCCUAGCUCAGGGCCUUCCUCUGUGGAUGGGAGAGGGGACUCCCAGAGGAACUCCCUUGAGGACAGCUUCAGAGUGGAGCAGAGGCCCAACUCCAUGACUGGUCUGAGCCCCGUAUACCCUGGGGAGCCCAGUGCCCCCAUCCGUACAGCCAAGGCAGAGCGACGGCACCAGGAAAGACUCCGUAUGCAGAGCCCAGAACUGCUAGCUGCUGCGAGUGUCGACCGGGAGCUGUCCCCAGCAGAGAGGCGUGCGCUGGAAGCAGAGAAAAGGGCUAUGUGGAGAGCAGCACGACCCUAUGGGCUGGAGGAGGAUGUUAGACAGUAUGAGAAGGACCUGGCUAAAAGGCUCUACCAGUCGCGAGUGAGGGCAUCUCAGCAGCUCACCGCUGCCACCUCCCAGGCUACCUCCCAGCUAAGGAUGAAGUCCCUGGAACAGGAUGCCCUCAAAGCCCAGAUGGUGAUUGCCAAGUCUCAGGAUAUGAAGAAGCGUGGUACCCUGGACCGGCUGACUGAAUCACCUUCGCCUGCCCCAACGCCUUCUCCCACGCCCCUGGAAGAUACCAGCCCCCGAACCGUAACGUCACCAGGCAGACUGUCCCUGUCAGAAAAGAAGUUUGACUACCGGCAGUUUGCUGCAAUUCCCUCUUCCAAACCUGUAUACGACAUCCAGUCCCCUGACAAUGCAGAUGACCUUCGCUACAUGGACAGUUCAGGCAAUUGUGGAGCACCUGAGGAGCCUGAUAUUGAGGUGGCCCUCCCACUGCCUGCCACAUCUGCCCUGGAAGAGAUGGCUCUUUACAGCAGCAAGCGAAAACUAAGACAGGGGCGUCGCAGCCUUGAGGCAGCUGUGCCCACAUAACGGCACAUGCGAUCCCCCCAACACAUUCACACAUGCAUAUACACCGUAGUUGUACGCCGACUGGCUGGCCAGAGCAACCACAGCAGGAGCUUUUCCACUGAACGGCAAACGCAAAUAUAAGGACCUUGUAGAGACUGGGGUGGGAUGUGGGGUUUGGAGAAAUGGCCUAGAGGUGGUUUGUUACACCUUUACUAUCCUGUUAUGGAAAGGACACCCAAUGUAGAUUUUGAUUUUUAAUAUCCAGGAUGACGUAAACUUUUUCAACAUUUGUUUGGGUUUUAGAAGCCUAAUUAUUUAAAUAUUUUCCACAUGUUCAGCCAUUGUACAAGUCAUUUUGCUUUGGAGCAAAAAGAAAAUUGACUGUUUUAAUAACUCCUAAAUCAAUCCUGAUUAGUUUCCUGCUGGUUUAAACCAGCAAAUUUUCUGUGGUGUGGGUUUUAACACUGCAGGUUCCCAGUCAUGGGUUUUAAUUCUUAUGGUCUUUGAAGGAGUAGGUAGGUGCAACAUGCAGGGCAGCAUAGACAUUAUCAUCAUUAUAAUGCUGUGGCUGUACCUCCCAGCAGGGGCCAUGUUUGUGUUCCUUUUAACGUAAAUUCUUGACAUUUUUAUUGGCUAAAUUAUUCCUUAAAGAAUUUAACAGUAAAGGAAAAAGCAGGCACUAUUGUUGACAGUUCAACUUGCGCUAGUACAUGAUUGGUAGUUUAUAUCGCUUCAGCGAUGCAAGGGGUAAAUUCACUUUUUUUUUUUUAAUUAGUCAGUUAGUGCUAAUGGAAAUAUUGAGGCCUUGAUGCAAAGCUUUGUUUUUACAGAUCAGAUUAGUUAGUAGACCAGUGGUAGACCUCAGUAUGUCACACGUAUCGUAAUAGGGGAGAAUACUCCUGACACCAUUGUCUUUGAAAUUGAACUUUGAGAACUGCUUUUUGCCAUGCAUCACGGCAUGAUGGUGUUGGUUAUGGGAUGGCUCCAUAGGCUCUUUUUUCCUUGACCUUGUUCAGGGCUAAAAUGUAUAGCCUCCCAGGAUCAGUUGUAGUAGUGGAAUGGGAGAUGGGAGUAGUUUUUCAGAUCUGUUUGGUAGACGUGCAAAAGAUAUAAUCCGCCCCCUUUCCUGGAAUCCAUUAUUCUUCUUGUUCGGAGUUACUGUCCAUGAAAAAUUGAAACUUUGACUAACUUUGUACUGUAGUAGUAUUAGCAGCAUAUAGGUACAUCAAAAGGAAUUUUUACAUCAAGUAUAACUUGCUGGUUCUCAACCAAAUACAUUGCAAGCUUAUGUAGUAAUUGAAUAUUUUAAUUUAGGAUAUUAAUGUUUAAGCCCUACAUACCAUAUCAGAUGUCUUUUGGGCUUAGCUAGACCGUCAAAAAAACCUCAGUACAAAUUUCAUACAAAUAGACAUUUUACAUCCAUUUCAUAUUGAAUGUAAGGAGUUAACCUCUGAAGGGCACCACUGGAUUUCAAACAUGAGUUCAGCUGAACUGUUUAUGCCUGGAAUGUUGGUUAUGCAUCACUUCUAAAGGACCAGUUUGGAUGAAGGAUAGAAACACCAGACCACUCCGGUCUGUGAAAACAUUCCCAAUCCAUCAGAUGUGACUUCACUCAAGAGGCCUGCAGACAUCCCCCCCCCCCC